AUGGUCAUUGUUGUGAUGGGCGCAUCGUCUCCUUGCCGCAGACAACGUUCUCUCGUCUCCGUUUCAUUCAAGCCGCUGCUAGCGGUCGUUGGCGCCACCAAGCAACCUUCCAAUUGCUCCGGUCGUCACCUAUCACCGCCUGCCGCUGCGAGGAAUCGGGUGCGUUUGGGCUACCAUAACUCCUGUCGUAUACCUUGUCAGGAUUUGAAAAAAGAAGGUUUGAGAGAGAAAGCAGAUCACGUCCAUCUGCGUUGUAGAGAAACGAAAAUUGGAAUGUCCAAACAGGAACUGAUACAUUGUUCAAAGAAUUUGUUAUUACUUAAAAAAGAGUUGAAGAAAUUAGAGGAUGUCAGGUACAUGGAAAGCAAUGGAAGCACUUUGAGAUACACAAGUAUGUUGUGGACAUAUGUGAAUACAUCAGACAUGGAACGAGCUGAGAAGUGCUUUAGAAGGAUGAAGAAAGAUGUACUUCAACCGAAUGUUGUUACAUAUCGGACUCUAAGGGAAGCUAUGAGUGCACAGUGGUGGCCUUUUGCAUAUAAGAGACCAUGAUAUAUGCAUAAGUACAACAUCUUUUUUGUUAUGAUGGAAUGAAGGUAGGAAUGGAAUUGUUCAUUCUGUUGCCAAAUGGAAUGGAAUACACCAUUCCGUUCUCCGUGUUUUGUUAAUUUUUCAUUGUUUACUAAGUAAAUGUUUUUUUUUCUUUUUCUCUUUCAUUCUAUCAUGUAAUGUAAACAAAUUCUAUUUAUAUAACUUUUAAUGCCAUUUCCAAUAAAUUAUUUCUAGGUUUUUGUUUCCA